AUGUUGGUUCGUAAAAGAUUUGUUAGUUCAUUAGAUUGUUGUUACAAUUUUCUGGUUAUCUUAUUUAUUGUACGGAACAAUUAUGUUACAACAUCUGGCGAUGAAGGUUUCGAAGCUCUUGCAGGAGGGGGGAAGCCAUAUCACUGUGAUGUCUGUGGUAAAUCAUUCUCUGAUAAAAGUCACCUUACUAAACACAAUUACAUUCAUACAAGAGCGAAACGGUAUCACUGUGAUAUUUGUGGAAAGUCAUUCUUUCAGAAGGUUCACCUUACUUCUCACAAAUACAGUCAUACAGGUGAGACACCAUAUGAAUGUGAUGUCUGUGGUAAAUCAUUCUCUCAAAAAAGUCACCUUUCUUCUCACACAUCCAUUGAUACAGAAGAGAAACCACAUGACUGUGAUAUUUGUGGAGAGAAACAAUAUCACUGCAAUAUAUGUGGUAAAUCCUUUGUAUUAAGAAGUUAUUUAACUGCUCAUGAACGUACCCACACUGAUGAGAGGGCAUAUCAAUGUGAUAUCUGUGGUAAAUCAUUCUCUGGAAAAAGAGACAAACUAUGUCACUGUGAUAUCUGUGGUAAAUCAUUCUCUUGGGAAUGUGCUAUAUAUACUCAUAAAUGUAUUCAUACAAGAGAGAAGCCCUUUCACUGUAAGAGGUGUGGCAAAUCAUUGUCUGUGGAACAAUAUUUAACUAAUCACAAAUACAUUCAUACAGGAGAGAAAGCACUGUAA